AUUUAGUGAAAGUUACAAACUUUGAAGAGAUGUCUUAUGAAGAAACGGUGAGCGUUGGAGGAAGUGAGGAAGUGAGGGCGUUAGAAUAUGGUGACAUGGGUAUGACCAGUGAGUCGUUUGACUCGGAGAGGACGAAGGAGGGGGUGGGAAGAAGUGAGGUAGUUGGGGUAGAGGGAGAUAGGGUACCCAUUACUAUAGUAGAAGUGGAGGGUAGGAGGGAACGGUAUUAUGAUGUAGAUGCAGAUAUUGUAUCUGAGGUGAAGCAAUAUGAGUUUGAGCUUGAGACCAAGGCUAGCCUGGGUUAUUUAGUUGAAAGUUAUGAAAUUUCUUCUGGAGUUCUAAUUAGGCUUGCUGGGGUAGAGGAGAGGGCCUGUUCUGCACCUUGGGAUCAUUGGAUGCUCGUGUAUGCCCAUUAUUUGGCAGCUGGGCUUAGCGCAGAAUGUAUAGAGGCUACUGAGCUCUAUGGGCCAAGUGCUUUGAGUGAAGGGGUGGCAAUUCCAAAGAAGUCGAGGAAGAAGUCAAAGACUUUAACUAAGGAAGCGGGGGAGGUAGGAGCUGGGAAGGAGUUAGUGCCCAGCACCUCAAUUGGAGUGGAGGAGAAAAAGAGAAGAGUGGUGGAAGAGGUGGAUGGGGGGAAUGAGGUUCUCCAGUUCGUACCUCGGCCCCCUUUAGUUGAGCUCGAUCCUGAGCUUAGGGAGUUUGAGGUUGAGGGGGUUGAGACCACAACGAGGGCAAGGAGGUUUAUUAAUGCAACCUUCCUCGAAGUGGACAAGCGUCAAGCGAGGGAUGAGGCUCUGAGAUAUUGUGGGGCGAUUGUGGUGAAGCAUGCUCUGGAGAGUGUGAGCUGGGUGAAUGGUCUAACCCAGGAAUUUAUGGAAAGCGUGAAGGAUCGCUCCCUUCUUCAGAGACAGAAGGUGAAAGCUAAAUAUCCCGAAGUGGAUAUUAUGAAGAUCAACUUCGAAGGACGCACCGUUUUCUCUCCAAAUUUCGACUUCGAGUUCAUGGCAGUGGAGGAAGAAGAGGCAAAGGUAGAGGAAACUGAAGUAGGAGCAGGAGUGGGAGGAGCUGAAGUGGAUGAAAGUCAGCCACCUUUGCAAGUGGAAGUCCAUCUAGUUCCUUCUGAUGAUGAGCAGCCGCAUCUUCCAGCAAAGCAGCAGCCAACUUAGCCACCUACUCCAACAGAGGAAUAAAGAAUUUUUGUUUUUUUAUUUUUCUUAUUUGAUAACAUUGGAGCAAUUGAAUAGAUUGUAAUUUUAUUAUUUGUUUUUAAUGAAAAAUUUUGUUUUUA